CACACCAUGAACAAAAGAUCAACCUCAUAUGAGUUCUUUCCAAACCUUAAACUUGGGACGCGCGAAUAAUUAACAGCUACAGGAUAUGGACGCUCGACGCGUGCAUGGAUUUUUCGAUUAGACACGUUUCUCUCCCCUCUAAAUCCAUCGCCCCAUUUCUCACUUUCUCCAAAUUGAUCCGAACCACCUCCAAAUUAAGCGGUGACAAAACCGCAGUAAGUCUCAGCGCAAUUGUGCAGUCAGCCCCAUCUCCAAACAUCUUCUCCAAACUCUUGGCUGAGCUUUCUCGCUCUAAAACCAUCAAACCUGGCCUCCAAAUCCAGACACAAAUCAUAAAACAUGGUUUUUUGAAUGAAAUCUCCUUAUGCAACCAUCUUAUCAACCUGUACUCCAAAGCCCGACAUUUUGAAGAAGCCCACAAAGUGUUCAAUGAAAUUCAUGAACCUGACCUGGUUUCUUGGACUGCCAUUGUAGCUUGUUUUGCUCAAAAUGGGCUUGGAAAAGAAGCCAUUAAAGCCUUUUGCUCUAUGCACAAAUUGGGUAUCAAGUCAAAUGAGUACACUUACCCAAGUGUGCUUAAGGCCUGUGGAAUUCAAGGAGCUUUGAGAAUUGGAACUCAAAUUCAUGGAGUUAUUCUAAGUAAUGGGUUCCAAGCAGAUAUAUUUGUGGCUAAUGCUUUGAUUGUUAUGUAUGCUAAAUGUGGGAUGACAUUUGACGCUCAACAAUUAUUUGAUGAGACUCCUCAAACAAGUGUAGUUUCAUGGAACAGUUUGUUCUCUUGUUAUGCACAGAAUGGGUUCAGUGAUGAAGCUAUCAAAUUGUUUCGGGAGAUGGUUUGUACUGGUAUUAGGCCUGAUGAGUUUAGUUUAUCUACCAUUGUUAACGCUUGUACUAGUUCAGAGGAUCUAUGUGAAGGACAGAGAAUUCAUGGGUAUUUGGUGAAAUUGGGUUUCUAUGAUGAUCCUUUCUCAUCUAAUGCUCUUGUUGAUAUGUACGCGAAAACGAGUGAUUUAGAAGCUUCAGAGAGAGUUUUUGAGAAAUUAUCUCAACCGGAUAUAAUAUCUUGGAAUGCCUUGAUAGCUGGGUUUGUUCUUCAUGGGUUUUAUCAUAAAGCUUUGGAGUUACUAGAAGAGAUGAAAUUUUCAGGGACAUCUCCCAAUAUGUUCACUCUUUCCAGUCUUCUAAAGGCUUGCUCUGUUAUGGGAAUGCUCGAUUUGGGCAUGCAAAUAAACUCCUUUGCUAUAAAGUCAGGGUUUGAUCAUGAUAUGUUCAUGUGUGUGGGCCUUAUUGAUAUGUACUCAAAGUGCGAAUUGGUUGAAUAUGCCAGCAAAUCCUUUGAUUGCAUGCCCUAUCACGACUUAAUUUCAUGGAAUGCAAUAAUAUCAGGCUAUGUUCAGAAUGGUAAUGAUAAGGAAGCACUUUUCCUUUUUCUAACGAUGCUCAAUGAAGGAUACAGCUACAACGAAUCCACUCUAUGCUCACUUCUUAAAGCUUCAUCUGGUUUGCCCACAGUGGAUGCCACAAAACAAAUUCAUGCCCAUGUUGUGAAAUCCGGGUUUGAAUCUGAUAUGUAUGUCAUGAAUAGUGUCACUGAUGCUUAUUGCAAAUCUAACUGCAUGGAAGAUGCUAGGAAAAUUUUUGAGGAUUGCUUAUUUGGUGAUAUUGUGUCAUAUACUUCAAUGAUCACUGGCUAUUCUCAAUGUGGGCAAGGUGAGGAGGCGUUUAAGCUCUUUCAUGAGAUGAUUAAUAAGGAGCUUAAUCUUGAUGGUUUUGUGUACAGUAGUGUGCUCAAUGCUUGCACUAGUUUAUCGGCUCUUGAACAAGGGAAACAAGUGCACAGCCAUGUUUUGAAAUUAGGAUUCGAUUUGGAUGUGCACGCAGGGAACGCGCUUGUUAACAUGUAUGCUAAGUGUGGAAGUGUAGAAGAUGCAAGUAAGGCCUUCUUAGAGAUCCCCAUGAGAGGAAUUGUUUCAUGGUCAGCCAUGAUUCAAGGGCUAGCACAACAUGGACAAGGAAGAGAUGCGUUAAAUCUCUUCAAUGCAAUGAUUAAUGAAGGUGUAACCCCAAAUAGCAUAACCUUAGUUAGUGUUUUAUCAGCAUGUAAUCAUGCAGGCUUGGUAACCGAGGCUGAAUAUUACUUCAAUUCAAUGGGUAACUUAUUCGGUUUAGAACCAGCCCAAGAACACUACGCGUGCAUGAUAGAUCUAUAUGGGAGGGCUGGAAACUUAGACAAAGCAACUGAACUUGUGGAGCAGAUGCCUUUUAAAGCUAAUGCUUCAAUAUGGGGGGCUCUUCUUGGGGCUUCUCGAAUUCAUGGAAAUUUUGAAUUGGGUAGGAAAGCAGCCGAGAUGCUUUUUAUAUUAGAACCUGAGAAAUCGGGAACCCAUGUGCUUCUUGCUAAUAUGUAUGCUGCAUGGGGAAUGUGGGACAAGGUAAGACAAGUUAGAAGGAUGAUGAAGGAUAGUAAGGUGAAGAAGGAGCCUGGUAUGAGUUGGAUUGAGGUUAAGGAUAAAGUUCAUGCAUUUAUAGUUGGAGAUAGAAGCCAUUCUAGGACAGAGGAGAUUUAUGCCAAGCUUGAUGAACUGGGGCUAUUGAUGAGCAAGGCUGGUUAUGUGCCCAAGGUUGAGUUUGAUCUUCAUGAUGUAGAACAAGGGGAGAAGGAGAGGCUUCUUUAUCACCACAGUGAGAAGUUGGCUGUGGCUUUUGGGCUCAUUAGCACCCCUGAAGGAGCACCAAUAAGAGUCAAGAAGAACCUUCGGGUCUGUGGGGAUUGCCAUACUGCUUUCAAGUAUAUAUGCAAAAUUGUUUCGAGGGAGAUCAUCAUGAGAGAUAUAAAUCGAUUCCAUCAUUUUAAAGAUGGGUCUUGCUCAUGCCGUGAUUAUUGGUAAGUUCAACUUGUUACAAAAGAAAAAUUUUGGUGAGGUUUUGAGAAAGAGGUUACAUGAUGUACCAAUAGAAGUCAAAGUUUGGGUAAUGGCUUUUUGGCCUCAGAAUAGGCCAUCCAAUGCAUGAAUGGUGCUGCCUUUAAUCCCAUCUUACUUUAUUGAUAGUUUCACUGUUUUGCCCACAUUUUCUAGCCAAUAGCUCAAUUUGAAUGUGCUCAUCAUCACUUGAAGUUUUGUGCUUGGCCUCUGCAUACCUACUGAAUAAGGUUGUAUGCUGUCAAAGAACAUGAAUGAUCUCGAUUAGGUGAUUGUAUUGGGUGGAAUUGAGUUGCCCAAAAGUGUAUUUUAAUUGUGUAAUGGGCGUACGAGAAGAUGGAAGUCUUUAGGCGCUCCUUUACUGAAACGUAGAUCCCUUAUUUGUUUCAUAAGUUUUGACACUUGAAAUAUGAUAAUAAUUGUUGGAAGGGCAAUGAGAAGUUCAUAACAUACCAAACUAAGAGUUGGGAUUGAGUUAUGGAUUUACUGAUUCAAGUUCAUGCUAUCGAAUCAACCAGUGUGGAGCUCUGUUCAAUUUUCGGGAUGCGAUGCUGGGUUCCAAGAAGGGAAUAUUUUUCCUUUUACGUGAUGCUGAUCAGCCGAGUUCUUGUAUUUAUGAGAAAAUAACAUAAAAAUAUCAGUACAUGGUCAAAAUGACUCCAAAUGCUGAUGUAAACCAUGCCAUUCUUAUAAUGGAUGGGUUUUAUAGUGCAUAAAUAAUAUGACAAUGGAUGGGUACAGUGCAUAAA